AUGCCGUGCACAGUCAAGAUGCGCCUUUACUUUGGAAAUGUAAAUCCAUUUCGAGAAUCGUCAGCAGGUGUACAAUUCUUUGGUCUGUUGACGCUCGAUCCGAGUUUGUACAGGAUUGAGAGCAUGCUGGGCUUUGUCGAAGAGCUUGUGGUGCACGCAGACCCCGAGUAUUCAUGGAGUGAUAAUUUCCGCACCUCUAGAAAAAGCAAUGAACAUCGACAAUUGCUUUUGUACCAAGCUGUUAUCACAAGUGGUGAAGAUAGUUGGAAAGAAGGCACUGGAGCUCACAGGGAAUGCGAUGUUGCGUACAAGCAAUUUUUUGACGUGAAUGGAGAUAGCGGUUUAGUGGCACGUGCGUGUGGCACUGCUAAAGAUGGACAAGAUAACGAGAUGUAG